AUGCGACCAUCGGCCAUCCGGACCCUACGGUGGGCGAUCCCCCUUCGCCCAUCAUGGAGAAGAUGCUCCGCCGUCGCUCCGAAGGGCAUCACCGGUCUAGCUAGACUUGCCCGCAGCUCAGCUCCGCAGCUCCCACCACGCCGAUACUUCUCCAGGUCCACCCCGGGUCAGUCGAUCUUCGACGCCGAUUCCACCAUCUAUGCGCUUUCUAGCGCAUCUGGCCGGGCUGCCAUUGCCGUCGUGCGGGCGUCGGGCCCGGCAUGCACGCAAAUCUACGAAGCGCUAUGUCCGGAAGCACCGCUCCCCCGACCCCGCCUAGCAGCCGUUCGCACUCUAUAUGAUCCCACCCAAAAGCCUUCCCCCAAUAGUGUUCUCGACGCCGGCGCCCUCGUCCUAUACUUCCCAGGCCCUAAGACCGUUACCGGCGAAGACGUCCUCGAGCUCCAUCUCCAUGGCGGACCCGCCAUUGUCAAAUCCGUGCUGUCCGCCAUAUCCCGCACGAACAACCCGGACUGUACGGUUCGCUACGCUGAACCGGGUGAAUUCACCCGUCGCGCAUUCAUGAACAACCGACUAGACCUUCCGCAGAUCGAAGCGCUGGGCGACACGUUAUCUGCCGACACGGAGCAGCAGCGUCGACUUGCCGUCCGCGGCGCGAGCGACACCCUGUCUAAACGGUACGAACACUGGCGGCAUCAGUUGCUCUAUGCCCGCGGCGAGCUGGAGGCGCUGAUCGACUUCUCGGAGGACCAACAUUUUGACGAGUCGACCGAGGAACUGGUGUCCUCGGUUGCGUCACAAGUGAGGUCGUUGCGUGCGCAAAUCGCACUUCAUAUCGAGAACGCCUCGAAGGGAGAGCUGCUGCGCAACGGGAUCAAGGUGGCCCUGCUGGGGGCUCCGAAUGCAGGCAAGAGUUCACUUUUGAACCGUAUUGUGGGGAGAGAGGCUGCUAUCGUCAGCACGGAGGAGGGUACCACGCGAGAUAUCGUGGAUGUCGGGAUUGACAUCGGCGGCUGGUACUGCAAACUCGGCGAUAUGGCAGGGAUCCGCUCCGAGCCCAACGAUCCGACCGGCCAGAAGAAGGUGGUGAUUGGCGCCGUGGAGCAAGAAGGUAUCCGGCGAGCAAAGGCUCGCGCAUUGGAGUCCGACGUGGUCAUCGUGGUGGUAUCCGUGGAAGACGGCGGUGCGCUGCCAUACCGCUUAGCUGUCGAGCCCGAGGUUGUUGAAGCAGCAAACGACUGUGCCCAGGCGGGCAAGUGCGUCGUCGUGGCCAUCAAUAAAUGUGACCGGCUGCCAGCCGAGAAUACGCUGCCGCAACUCACCGCGACAGUCAGCCAGCUCUUCCCAGCUGUGCCCGAGCAGCGCAUCUUCGGCAUCUCCUGCCUGGACGCCACCAACGGACUGACCAGCCCCGGCCAAUCCGACCCAGGCUACAUCCAGCACUUCCUACGAGGCCUAAUCACUACCUUCGAGGAGAUUGCCUCCCCGACCGGAAUUGACGGGGACGAAAACGGACAGUACGAUCAUUCCUAUUGGGAAGACUCUCUGGGCGUGACCCAUCGCCAAAGCUCUAAUCUACAACGCUGUUUGGAACACCUAGACGACUUCCUGAUCCAGACCCAGACUCAAACGCCUCUAACCCUUGAUCCCGCCCAUGAUUCCCUCGAACCCGAAAUAGACAUCGUAACCGCUGCCGAACACCUGCGCUCCUCCGCCGACACUCUCGCGAAGAUCACCGGCCGCGGGGAAAGUGGUGACGUGGAGGACGUCCUGGGCGUCGUGUUCGAAAAGUAA